UUCUUCUUUCUUUUUUUGCCCAUCUUUUCUCCCAUCUCAGAUUGGAGGUGACAGGGAGUCGGCAGGGGGUGAAGGAGCCAGCAGCGGAUGCCCUUGUGCCAGCUUUCCAUCCGGGUGAGGCUGGACCGAUAAACUCACCAACCAUGGCCCAGGAACCGGAGGGGAACAACCGGCUCCUGCAGGACGUGUUGGCCAGAGCCGGCAACGAUACAUGCGCGGACUGCGGCAAUCCAGAGCCGGAUUGGGCGUCGCUGACUUUGGGUGUGUUUGUUUGCCAGGCCUGCUCGCUCCUGCACCGGAGCAUCCCCCACAUCAGCCGGGUCAAGUCUGUCCAGGACACGUGGGAUGCCAGCGAGGUGGAGGGGAGUUUGCUUGUCCCGUCUCUUCCCCUCGUGGCCGCGAGUGGAAACAAUGCAGCCAACAAAGUACGAGCAGAAGUUCCCGCUUUCUUCUACUACAGACCGACACACACUGACUGCAAGCUGCUGAGGGAGCAGUGGAUCAGAGCUCGCUACGAGAGGAACGAGUUUGAGUUCAUCGAGAAGCAGGAGCCCUACUCUGCAGGGUACCGAGAGGGGUUUCUAUGGAAACGAGGCCGAGACAACGGUCAGUUCCUCAGCCGAAAGUUCAUCCUGUCGGAGAGGGAGGGAGCCCUCAAGUACUUCAACAAGCAGGAUGCCCGCGAGCCCAAGGCGGUGAUGAAAAUCGAAACGCUCAAUGCCACGUUUCAGCCGGCCAAGAUCGGCAACCCGUGCGGCCUGCAGAUCACCUACCUGAAAGACAACAGCACAAGGAACAUCUUCGUCUACCACAGUGACGCCAAGGAAAUGGUGGACUGGUUCAACGCCAUCAGAGCAGCCAGGUUUCACUACCUGCAGGUCGCCUUCCCCGGAGCGAGCGACGAGGAGCUUGUGCCCAAACUGACCCGAAACUUCAUGAAGGAAGGCUUUAUGGAGAAAACCGGUCCCAAGCACACGGAGGGCUUUAAGAAGAGGUGGUUCACUAUGGAUGACAGGAGACUCAUGUACUUCAAAGAUCCUCUGGAUGCGUACGCCCGGGGCGAGGUGUUCAUCGGCAGUAAGGAGAACAGCUACACCGUUCUGCCCGGCCUGCCUCCGACCACGCAGGGCUACCACUGGAACCACGGCAUCACCAUCGUGACGCCCGACAGGAAGUUCCUGUUCGCCUGCGAGACCGAAGCCGAGCAGCGGGAUUGGAUAGCGGCCUUCCAGAGGGUCAUCAAUCGACCAAUGAGGCCACAGGAAUAUGCAGUGGAAGCCCAUUUUAAACACAAGCCUUGAAGAGUGACGGCCUCAGGGAGCCUCGCCUCAGCCGGACCGGCCCAGUCUCCAUCAGAUCAGAGACGCAACUCGCUGUGUGACCCGAGACCGAGGGGGUGGGGGUG